AUGACAGUGGAUAUUCCAAAUAUAAGUGUUAAUCCAAAUAUAGGUGUUUGGAAAGGUCAGUCUGUUGGAAAUCUUACUUAUACUAAUUGUACUGUUGGAAGAAUGUCUAUGGCAUUUAAUCUUGUAAGAUAUUUUCCGAAAGAAUGGGUAGGAAAUGACAAACUGAUAAGAUCUUGGGUUAAUAAAUCUGAUUUGAGUUUGCUAAACAGUUCCAUUCCUGUUAAUAGUGUUUAUUCAACAAUAGUAUUUGGACAGUGGUCUAAUUAUAAUGGCAAAAAUGGAGGAUGUAUAAGAUAUGGAUUGGCGGUAACUGGUCCUCAUCCUUAUGCUAAUCUUAGUGGUACAUGGGCAGUAAAAAUUAUAGCAGCUCCUGAAGGAAAUUGUAACAUUUGGAUGACAGGAGAGGAAUCUUAUAUGAUAACAAAGAUAUCUGAUGACGAUCCGCAUCCAUAUAAAGAUAGUAGGAGUUCUAUGGAUCUUCCUUAUACUCGAAGUUAUUCACAGUUAGCAUGGAGUACAGGGUUUCCUUUUGAAG